AUGCAGCCAGCACUCUUCGUCGCCCUCCUGGCUCUGCACUUCCCACUUGCACUCGGGCUGUUCCUUCCCUUGCAGACCACGAACCUCUCUCGUCUGGCAAAGCGCUCGCCUCCCACCCACCCGCAUCGAUCGCAAGUGGUCGAUGGAAGAACGCAGGAGCGGCAAAGUGGCCCCGCGCUGGAGCAGAGGUGGUAUUUCCCUCCCACUGUGAAGAAUCAAAGGUCUGAAGCGCAAGGCAAAGACGAGAGAGAAGCUUGGCGUAACGACUUCGUAGCGGAACUUGAUCACCGAAAGGCGUACGACCUAUUCAACUUACAUAGGCACAUCAAGGAAAGUCGGCCUGAUGGGGGGAAGAACUACCGAUUCGCGCUGUCGAAGAAGGACGAUGACGAGCUGGAAGCGAUUCUCGGCAAUGAGAAGAAAGGCACAUCGUUCGAUUUGGCGGACUUAAAGAAGAUGCGAGCGUACACCUUGAAACUACGAAAGAAGGGAAAGGACAUGUCGUGGGCUACUACGGAGCUUUGGGAGCCUUUGAGAGAUGCACGAGACAGAAUCAUGAACGACUGGAAGUCGGAUCCAUACACGCGCUAUAUGAAUGACGUCAAAGUCCCUCUUCCCCUGCUCGAUAAGUGUAUCGGCUUGUCCUCUUUUGUCAUCCAAUCACUCAACGACAUUGAUUCUUCGAUGCAGCCAACAAUGCACUUUGCGCUCCUUGCUCUGCUCUUCUCGCACUCGCUUGGUCAGCCUUUUCCAUUGCCGCCCACGAGUCAGCCUUCUCCACAAAACCGAUGGCUGUCCGAUUCGCAACCCAAAUCGCAGCUCAAAAGUGGGGAAGCGCACGAAGACAUCUGGGAAAGCAUUCUUAGAGGCUCGCCCUUGCGUGACUGUCGAGGAUACCUCUCAGGGGACGAAGAACACACGAGAUACCCCCUGGCAGUCCACGCCGCCUCUUUAUCAUCACUGCAAUAUGCAGAGUCGCCUUGCCCUUCCCAAAGUCAAGAAGAAAGCCGGUUCGUCCCUCCUACUGAGCAAGAACCCGAAAAGAAGAGAAUGAAACGCAAGUCCGAGGACAAGGAUGAGGAAGAGCGCUGGCACAAUGGUUCCUCACUACAAGUUGCAGAACCACGUCGCCCUCCGCAAAGUGAAGAAGGAAGUUGGUUCCAUGCUUCUGCUGUGCGUGAACGGAAAGAGAGCAAGAAACCCAAGGCCAAGGACAAUGGGGAGAAAAUAAGUUGGCCCAAUGAUCCUAUAUCAAAAGAGAAGUACAGAGAGGCCCUUGAGCUUGUUGAGUCCAAAGAAAAGAAAGGUCUCAGACUUUCCAUGUCGUCAGAGGAGCAGACUUAUCUACAGAACCCGGGUAUGAACAUGUUCAGGCUUCUUAGUACACAACGCCGUAAUGGGAAGUACGAACAGACACAUGGAAAGAAGAGAGCAAAACCGCGCCAUGCAAUCUCGAACGAAACGAUAAAUUAUCAUCUCGGAAAGUUGAAUGCCGUACUCAAAGGCAACGCCAAAGGCACAACCAUCAGCAAGUCAAACGUGGAAACAAUCGAAGCGAUCCUCCUAGAGCUGUUGAGGAAGGCGCGAAACCGAAUAUUUGAAGACUGGAAAGACGACACGUAUACGUAUUGCGUGUUCCGGAGGAACUAUCCUUUCCCGCUCCUGGACGAAGUUUUGAAGGCGAGCUCCCUUCCUUGA